AUGACUUCUGAUAGAGAGAGAAGGAAAGUUCCAUUCAAGUUCUACAACUUAUUCACAGCUCACUCCGAUUAUCCUACUCUUCUCCAGAAUGCGUGGAAUGUUCAUGAGCACGUUGGAUCACCUAUGUCUCGACUCUGUCAGAAACUCAAGGCGGUUAAGCUGGGUUGCAAGGAACUAAACAGAAUAUAUUUUAGCAACAUACAAGCUCGUACUGCAGAAGCUCAAGAAGCACUGACGAGACUCCAGUCUCAAAUUCUUACCAAUCCUUCUCCGUUACUGUUUCAUGAGGAAAAGCAGAAGCUUCUUGGAACGAAGAACUCUGAUGUACAACCAAUGUCAAUCGAGGAUAUUCAGAACCUAACCCACUACAGGUGUAGCUCUGAGUUAGCAACCACUCUCCAAUCGAUUCCUAUUCCAGAAGAGGUCACCUCUGCUAUGUUUUCUCUACCAAAGAACAAAGCUCCCGGUCCGGAUGGAUUCACCGCAGACUUCUUCACUCAUGACUGGGGAACAAUGGGACCAAUUGUGGUAGAAGCAGUCACGGUUUUCUUUACUACAGGGAAGCUCAUUAAGCAGGCCUGUUUCCUGCUGCAACACCAUUUACAAGGUGAUAUCUCGGAUUCUGGCAAGGAGAUUAAAGUUGUUUACGGAUUUGGCGGUUCAGAGAAAUCGGGUAUUAUUCAUAAAAGGAGACUGCUAUGUGAGAAUGUCAUGUUGGCAGCAGAGUUGGUAGCUGACUUUCACAAACCAGGUCCAAUAACUAGAGGUUGCCUUCAAAUUGAUAUUUCAAAGGUGUUCGAUAAUGUGGACUGGGUUUUUCUCACCAACAUCCUAACUUCAAUCGAACUUCCCUCCACUUUCGUCAAUUGGUUAGUCACUUGCUUCACUACUCCCUUAGCUCUAAAUGGAGAGUUAAUUGGUUAUUUCCCUGGAAAUAAAGGGCUGCGUCAAGGUGACUCUAUCUCUGCCCCUUUGUUUGCAUUGGUAAUGGACAUAUUAUCGAAACAGUUGGACCGUGCUGUUACUCAGGAAAGGAUAAAGCCUCGUUCUCUUUGUAUUCAACCCCUGAUCACUCACUUAAACUUCGCUGAUAACCUUCUGGUAUUAUUCGAUGGCUCUGAAUCAUCUUUGGUGGGUAUUUUGGAAACAUUGGAUAUGUUCAAACUAGCCUCGGGAUUGGGAAUCAAUCUGACUAAGUCUUGCCUCUUUCUCGAUGGAGAUAAUAGGAAUGGCAUUCGUUCUAUGUCCUCAAGACUCAACUUAACUCACGGCUCCUUGCCUAUUAGAUACCUUGGGUUUCCACUAAUCACUCAAAAGCUUUCUGCUUCCGAUUACCAGCCGUUAAUAGACAAAGUGAAGUCAAGAAUUUCCGGUUGGACUCAUCGCCAUCUUUUGUUCGCUGGAAGACUUCAGCUUCUCCAAUCCGUGAUCAAUAACACAAUAAAUUUUUGGGCUUCAAUUUUCAUGCUUCCUUCUAAGUGUCUAAAGGAACUUGAGAGAAUUUGCUCUGCCUUUUUGUGGAAAGGAGUGGCAGACAGUGCAAGAGGUGCUAAAGUAUCAUGGGAUGUUGUUUGUACUGCUAAAUCGGCAGGGGGACUAGGACUAAAGAGGCUCGCAGACUGGAAUAGGAUUUUCGGGUUGGAAACUAACUCCGGAUCAUACAAAUGGCUUAUUCUCCUAUAUACGAACGUGGAAGCAUUUACAUCAUGUUGGUCCUCAAGUUCACUGGCAUUCUCAGGUAUGGUUCAAGGAACAAAUUCCAAAAAUGGCUUUCUUGACUUGGUAAACAAUUUUGAAUCGACUCAGAACAAGGGACAUAAUGAGAAGCUGGAAUAUUCAAGUUCCUGA